AAUCCUCCAGCAAUGGGUCUAGCAUAAGCCUCAUCGCUGAAGCCGCUAGUGAGCCUGCGGCUUCGAUGGGAGCAUCAAGCAGUGCUGCCUCCAGCCCCAGCCCCGUCUGUGGAGGUCCCAGCCAGCCCGGGAGUGAGGGCAUGAGCCUGGAGAGCUCAAGUGGAGAGGCCGACAUGGCAUCCUCCAGCCCCAGCCCUGACUCUGCCGGCCCCAGCCAGAAGGAAAUCCCCCAUCAGCAUCUCCCAUCAAACAGAUGGGGAGGGGUCCCACCUGUGAAGUCAUGGACAAGCCCUGAACUGCUCACUGAAAUGGUUGAUGACGAGGAUGAUGGUGAUGACUUCUGGAAAAUCAUCAGAGAAAUUAAGGUGGCCAUCGCUGGAAAGUCUGAGCUUAUCCAAGACCCCAAAGGCACAAGCGCCCCUUUGCUCGAGGACACUGAUGACUCCUAUUUGAGGGACGAUAAAAGCCUGCUUGAGGCCUUCAGUGAAACUCGACCAAGGAGACGCCCAGUGCCAAGGUUCACACUGGUGCUGCCAAUGUGUGAGGAGGUGCCAGAAGAGGACCAGGAAACCUCAGGGGUAAAGCAUUGCACUGAACCGGACUCAGAGCAGAGCCUGGAGCUUCACCUGGAGUCAGAACCACUCCAGGACUCAACGCCCGUCCAGACACCCGCCCAGCAGCUGUUGCUGCUGGACCAGGCUGUUGGUGAGGAGGAGGCAGCCGGGGGACAGGGUGGAAGAGGGCCCAGCGUGGAGGAGGAGCAGGAUUGCUCAAUGACCCUAGAGCAGCAUGUGGAGGAGACAGCACCUCAGGAGGGCAGUCAAAAACGAGAGGAGGAGUUCUGCUCUCCCUUUAGACGCCUCACUAAGACCUUCCGGAGGCUGCUGGGAAGGAGAGGGGGAAAGGUGGAGCCCCUGAACUUCUCAGCGACACAGAACGUCGGGCAGCAGCACAGCCAGAUGCAGAACGCACCCAGGAGGACAGCCCUGAGGAGGAUCCUCUCCUGUGUGUGCUGCUGCUGCAAAUAAAGGAAGCGAAGAAGGGAAGGGAAGGGAAGGGAUGGGAAGGGAAGGGAGGGGAAGAGAAGAGAAGAGAAGAGAAGAGAAGAGAAGAGAAGAGAAGAGAAGAGAAGAGAAGAGAAGAGAAGAGAAGAGAAGAAAUGGGAUGGGAUG